AGGUGCAGUCAAGUAUUUUGUUCGUUCCAUAAAUUUCGGUCGAAACUCUUUUGGACCGUCUAAGUUUUUUUUCAGCGCAAAUAAAUAAUUCUGCAUCAAACGAUUCAAAAAGUUGAGUUUUCAACAGUUGAUCGACUCUCAGAUAUCAUUCGACUCUUGCUGCAGACGAAAAAUCGAAAGCAUUGGCAAGAUGACUCAAAUGACACAAGACGAAAUUAUUAGCAAUACAAAAACAGUGCUGCAAGGUCUCGAGGCCUUGCGUGUAGAACACGUCUCCUUGAUGACUGGUAUGGGCGAAGCUCAUCGAGAAAAUGAAAAAUCCGAUAUAGUUAGAAAAAAUAUUGAACAUAUUGAAUUGGGUUUGUCUGAGGCUCAAGUGAUGAUGGCACUAGCCUCACAUUUGCAAAAUAUCGAGGCCGAAAAACAAAAAUUAAAAACACAAGUACGCCGAUUACAUCAAGAAAAUGCGUGGCUACGCGAUGAGCUAGCCAAUACACAGCAAAAAUUCCAAGCCUCCGAACAAUUGGUAGCACAAUUGGAAGAAGAGAAAAAGCACCUCGAAUUUAUGGCAUCUGUUAAAAAAUACGAUGAUAAUCAGGAGCAAGAGGAUUCAUGUGAAAAAUCCCGCACCGAUCCAGUCGUCGAACUAUUUCCUGAUGAAGAAAAUGAUGAGCGAAACAAUAUGUCGCCAACGCCGCCAAGUCAAUUCGCUAAUUCGACUGCUGGUUAUGAGAUACCAGCACGUCUACGUACUUUGCAUAAUUUGGUGAUUCAAUAUGCUUCGCAAGGCAGAUACGAAGUGGCAGUUCCACUUUGCAAACAAGCACUCGAAGAUUUGGAGAAAACUAGUGGCCACGAUCAUCCCGAUGUUGCUACGAUGUUAAAUAUUCUAGCCUUAGUCUAUCGCGAUCAGAACAAAUAUAAAGAGGCAGCCAAUCUGCUGAACGAUGCGUUGUCUAUUCGGGGCAAAACACUAGGUGAAAAUCAUCCAGCCGUAGCGGCCACCUUAAACAAUUUAGCUGUUUUGUAUGGUAAACGUGGCAAAUAUAAAGAUGCUGAACCACUUUGUAAGCGUGCACUGGAAAUACGCGAAAAGGUGCUCGGUAAAGAUCAUCCCGAUGUGGCGAAGCAAUUGAACAAUUUGGCAUUGCUGUGUCAAAAUCAGGGAAAAUAUGAUGAAGUUGAAAAGUAUUACCAACGUGCAUUAGAAAUAUACGAAUCGAAACUCGGUCCAGACGAUUCAAAUGUCGCCAAAACCAAAAACAACCUGGCCAGCUGUUAUCUGAAACAGGGCAAAUAUACAGAAGCCGAAGUCCUCUAUAAGCAAGUCUUAAAUCGUGCACACGAACGUGAGUUUGGUGCCAUUCACAGCAAAAAUAAGCCAAUUUGGCAGGUUGCUGAGGAGCGAGAAGAACAUAAAUAUGAUGAUUGUUAUAAUACACCAUACGGCGAAUACGGUGGCUGGCAUAAGGCGGCGAAAGUCGAUACACCAACUGUUACGACAACACUAAAGAAUCUCGGCGCCCUGUACCGGCGACAGGGUAUGUUCGAGGCAGCCGAAACAUUGGAGGACUGUGCGUUGCGUAGCAAAAAAGAAGCAUUAGAUUUAGCUAAACAAACCAAAGUUGCACAACUGCUCACCAGCGGCGAAAAACGGCGCUCAAGACAUUUUAAAGAAGAUGCUGAUAAUGAUGAGAAGGGUCACAAGCCUUAGAGGGUUUAGCGGUGAUGGCCGGUCAGCAACGUGUGCUACACAAGCUCACCAAAAAAAUAUAAUAAAAAGAUAUUUUAAGUUUUUCUACACAAGUAACCAUACAAAAUAUUUAUUUACUCAUUCCUUAAUAAAGUUUGUUCACGCAAAUUAAGUUUUUUCUGCUUGAAUAAAUAAACUGAUAUAUACAUGUAUAUGAAAUAACAUGAAAGUAAUUAUGAUAAUAAAAACGUGUUCUAUUUUAUAAUAAAUAUGUGGUUAUAACGUAUUCUAA